GUGUGAAGAGGGUGGAAGUCCAGAGCAGCAAUCAUGGUUGCCCUGUCAUUGAAAAUCGGAGUGGGGAACGUGGUGAAAACGAUGCAGUUUGAACCCUCCACCAUGGUCUACGACGCCUGCCGCAUCAUCAGGGAGAGAGUUCCUGAGGCGCAGCUCGGCCAGCCCAACGACUACGGGCUGUUCCUGUCUGACGAAGACCCAAAGAAAGGCAUCUGGCUGGAGGCGGGGAAAGCCCUGGACUACUACAUGCUGAGAAACGGGGAUACCUUGGAGUACAAGAAGAAGCAGAGGCCUCUGAAGAUCCGCAUGUUAGACGGCACGGUGAAGACCGUGAUGGUGGACGACUCCAAAAUCGUCAGCGACAUGCUCAUGACCAUCUGUGCCAGAAUCGGCAUAACCAACUAUGACGAGUACUCGUUGGUCCGAGAUAUCGGGGAGGAGAAGAAAGAAGAAAACACAGGGACGCUGAAGAGAGACAAGACUCUCCUAAGAGACGACAAGAAGAUGGAGAAGUUGAAGCAGAAGCUGCACACAGACGACGAGUUGAACUGGUUGGACCAUGGGAGGACGCUGAGGGAGCAGGGUGUAGAGGAGACAGAGAUGUUGCUGUUGAGGAGGAAGUUCUUCUACUCGGAUCAGAACGUGGACUCCAGAGACCCCGUCCAGCUUAAUCUGCUCUAUGUGCAGGCUCGCGAUGACAUCCUAAACGGAUCACAUCCAGUUUCGUUUGACAAGGCCUGUGAGUUCGCAGGCUAUCAGUGCCAGAUUCAGUUUGGCGACCACAACGAGUCCAAACACAAGCCUGGAUUCCUGGAUUUGAAGGAGUUCCUGCCCAAAGAAUACAUCAAAAAUAAAGGAGAGAGGAAAAUCUUCCAGGCUCAUAAAAACUGUCAGAACAUGACGGAGAUCGAGGCCAAAGUCAGCUACGUCAAGCUCGCCAGGUCUCUGCAAACCUACGGCGUCUCCUUUUUCCUGGUAAAGGUAGGAAGUCCAUCCUUCUGUUCCUCUGAAUACAUCCACAGACAGACUGUUCUUCAGCCACAAUGUGUCACCAUGUUUAUUCACUGGAUGCUUUUAGUGGAGAGUUAGAAAUAUGCAGGUUGA